UUUUUUUUUUUUUUUUUGCUUUAUUUAUCGGAAACCCAUACCAUUUUAUCUGCUCUUUUCUUUCUUCUGCAGAAAUGGAUAACUCUGAAAGGCCCCCACUUUCAAAGACUAGGUCAACUUCGUCUUCUUUUCAUCAAGGCAGAAGACCGAGCCGUACAGCUUCUACCAAAUACGGAUCGAUUGUAGAAGAAAGAAAACACCGCCAUGAAGAAGAGAGCGAUGAGUAUGAACAAGAGCAGCAAGAGACUGACAAUGGUAUUUUCGAGAUUCCGGAAGAGGAUGAGCGUUCAGAGAUGGCGCGUCAACGUGGCUUGUCAAGUGAUCGCAUGUCAAUGAACAGUUAUGAUCACGAGAUAACGCUUAAAGAAAGACAAGAAGCCAUGAAUAAGCAGCAUCCUUUUGGUUUACCUAUCUGGAAACCGGCUCUUUACAAAAAGUCCCGUUCGGUUGUACGUAAAGCAAACAGUGCGUUACAUUCAUCUCCGUCGUCAUCUCCGGAAUUGUUUUUAAAUCCAGGUAACAUUUUAUGGGUGAUAGUGUUUGGCUGGUGGUUGUCUCUGGUGACUCUUGUAGCAUCACUUCCUUUUAGUUUGUUUCAGUCUCCUUAUGGUAUGAUCUUUCGGGAACUUAGUUUCUAUGUACUUUGGCCAUUUGGUCGCUAUGUGGAAAGACUUGUAGAAAUCACGCCGUCUGUCAUGAAUGAUUUAGAGAGAGAACAGUCUGCACAAUCCUCGGUGUUAAUUGAUGAUGACGAUGAAUUUGAUGUGGAUGAAGAAGGUGGAUUAAUAGAUCAUCACAAGAAGAAGAGAUACAACUGGUUUCGUGCUGUUUUUGAAACAGUCAAAUUGGGCCCCUCUGCCGUAUUCUAUUACAUUGUCUUUUACACAAUACUGGCACCACUUUUGUUAUUAGUGUCAACCAUAUGUUGGAUGUGUGUAGUGACAGUUCCGAUGGCCAAGUUAAACUAUAUCCUGGUCCGUCAUCUUCGUCGCCAUCCACUCAGUCUCAGAUUCCGAUCCAAACCAUCUCAGUUAACAGGCGGAUUAGGACAGCCUAGUGUGAUUCUUUUAUGUACCUAUCAAGCUUUUGGUUGGCAAUACUACAAAUAUACCUACGAUGGUAUCAAUAUUAUGUUUAUCAAUCUCAUACCUCUUGUUUUCUUUGUUAUUUUCGACGAUUAUGUGCUCAAGGAACAUUUACCCGACUCUUUCAUUACUUCACCCAAGAUGAUUUUUGGCUUAUCUCUAGCCUCCGUAAUCCCGCUAUCUUAUUUCAUUGGUAUGGGCGUCAGUUCUGUGUCUGCUCAAAGUAGUAUGGGCUUAGGUGCUGUCAUCAAUGCUACUUUUGGUAGUAUCAUCGAAAUCAUUUUAUACUCCGUUUCUCUAAUGGCAGGAAAAAGCUCCUUAGUAGAGGGUUCUUUGAUUGGUAGUAUCUUGGCCGGUGUCUUAUUAAUGCCUGGAUUUUCCAUGGUUAGUGGUGCCGUGAAGCGCAAGGAACAACGAUUUAAUGCAAAGAGUGCUGGUGUAACUGGUACAAUGUUGAUUAUGGCAAUUAUCGGUGCCUUGUCACCCACAUUAUUCUACCAAUUUUUUGGCUCGUUUGAAUUGCGUUGUACAGGCUGCCCUGAGGGGAGUUCAGAUGGGUCUAUUGCUUGUUCACAUUGUUAUUAUGAUCAAAUGAACAUGUUUGAUGACCCAGUGUAUCAAAAUAGUGUCAAACCUUUCAUGUGGAUUUGUGCAGCAAUCUUACCAUCCGCAUAUAUCAUUGGCUUAUUAUUUAGUUUACAUACACAUGCUGAUAUGGUUUGGAAGAGUUCUAGUGCUUUACCAAAACCUCAUGAAGCACCUCACCCAAGAGUAUACCCGGUGGCCAUCAUCCAUCCUAACCAUCCAGUUAUUAAUGAACAAACUCCGCUCAAUGCAGCAGAUCCUCAAGUCCUUCGAGCUGUCGUGAGUCAUCCUACCCCAGCAACACCAGUGACUGAAGCCCCAUUACCAGUCCACGCACCUAUUGCCUUUGUACAUGCCAAAGAACCUGAAGAAGAAGAAGAAGAGGAAGCAGCGGCAGGCCAUGACUCUCCCAAUUGGGGUAAAAGUAAAAGUUACACGGUCUUAUUUGGGUGUACGUUACUGUAUGCAAUUAUUGCAGAAAUCUUGGUAGAGACAGUGGAUUUGGUGAUGGAAGGUAUUAAUAUUGAUGAAAAGUUUUUGGGAUUGACGUUGUUUGCGUUGGUACCGAAUAUUACCGAGUUUAUGAAUGCCAUUUCCUUUGCGUUACAUGGAAAUAUUGUAUUAAGUAUGGAAAUCGGAUCAGCGUACGCUUUACAGGUGUGUUUGCUACAAAUUCCAGCCAUGGUAGCAUUUUCUUUAUGGUAUAAUUGGGACAAGGAGGAAAUUAGAAAGUUCACAUUCAACCUCAUGUUUCCUCGUUGGGACAUCAUAUCUGUUAUAUUUUCGGUCUUUUUAUUGACGUAUACUUAUCAAGAAGGAAAGUCCAAUUACUUUAAGGGAUCUAUUCUUAUACUUAGUUAUGUUGUGUUGGUAGCAGGAUUCUAUUAUAUACCGUCCAUGGAUACUGGAGUUAGUCAUAUUAUUUAAUAGAAGCAACUAAAAAUCUCGCGUUGUCAUUUGCUGUCUUUAUUUUACGUUUCCCCCCUGCAUAAAUCAAGAAGAAGACAACUCCUAUAAUAAUUUUGAUCUCACUCCCCUUUUACUCGCCCUACGAAUCUCCCCCUUUUAAAAAAAAAAAGUAAUCUAUAUUUAUGAUACCUUUUUUUUUCUGUGUGUUGUGUGUGCGUGUGUCUGUGUCUGUGGCUGUCUCUCUUUCUUUCCUUCUUUCUCUUUUUCUCUUACUUUUUUUACCCCGCUCUUUUUUUUUUCCAGACAGUUUUUUCCCUCUUCUUUUGUAACUUGUUCAAACUUUAAAACAACA